AUCGAUUCUUAUCGAUGUUUCUUGGUUAUUCUAAUGGUACAAUUUUUGGGGGGUAAAAAAUUUGUCAUAACUAUAUAUAGCUAUGCAGCAAAUCAAUGGAACAUGAUGCAAGAAAACUAGUUCAAGCAGCUCUGCUACAUUUUGAUUACUGGGCAAUUUCAGAUCCCAAAUGGCAAGCUUCAAGUGAAUUCAAAUCUUCUUGAUAAGAAAUCUAAGAUUUUUGCACUGUAAAGAUGGAAGAUCGUGCCGGAGAGAGUAUUUCUAUCGACAUCACUCACAGAAAACAGACAAAUCACAUCAAUGAGACAAUUGUGUCUUCUAUCAGGGAAGAGAUGGAAGAUACUAAUAGAUCAGAGGCUCGUGCACAUGGCGGAGAGUGUAUUUCUAUCGACAUCACUCACAGCAACGAGACACAUCACACCGGUGAGACACAUCACACCAGUGAGACGCUUGUGUCUUAUAUCAAGGAAAAGAUGGAGGACCUUUCUUCCAUAGCUUUCAUCUACAAAGUACCCGAGGAAAUUCGUCAAGGAAAAGAAAGUCGGUACACACCUAAUAAGAUUUCAAUUGGUCCUUCCCAUUAUAAAGAUCCUGUUUUGAAAACAUUGGAAGAUCAUAAGUGGAUGUAUUUGAAUGCACUCGUCAGUAGGAAACCAAAACCAAAACCAGAAGCAGGCUGGGAUAAUAAAGCUGUGCAAGCAAGGGCAUUAAAUCCAGAAGAGAACUUGGUUGUCUGUGUGAAAGCACUUAAAGAGAUGGAACACAGGGCAAGAAAAUGCUACAAAGAAAAUAUCGACCUCACAAGUGAUCAAUUUGUGCAGAUGAUGUUAGUUGAUGGCUGCUUCAUCAUUGAGCUAUUCCUUAGGUACUCAAUUAAAGCUCUUAGACGCCCAAAUGAUCCCAUUUUUGCCACACCCAAUUUUCUUUCCGAAUUGAGGUGUGACUUCAUACUACUAGAAAACCAAAUUCCCCUCUUCGUUCUACACGAUUUGUUUAAAGCUGUGCCAAUUCCUGAACAAUGUACUCAGACCUUCAAUGAGCUUGCCUUCCGGUUCUUCACAAAUAUCCUUCCAGGAGAUCGUCAAGUUGUAAAGGAGAAGUUUUGCCAAGAAGGGUACCAUUUGCUUGAUCUAAUCCGCCACUGUAUGCUGCCCACAUUUCCAAAAGAGCUGCCAAUAAAGAGAGAACCUCCGCCUAAACAACUCGAAUCUGCAACAAAGCUUCGAAAAUGGGGGAUUAAGUUUAAGAGCGCGAGAGCGAAGAGCUUAUUAGAUGUGAAGUUUGCAAAUGGAGUCCUUGCAAUCCCACUUCUAAAAUACCAUUCAUGCUUGGAAAAACUUCUUUGGAACCUUAUUGUAUUUGAGCGGUUACACUUUGAUGAUACACAGUAUAUAACAUCUUAUGCCUUUCUCAUGGGCUGCCUCAUCAAUGCCCAUAACGAUGUUAAAUUACUUGGCCAACAAGAAAUUCUAAGCAACUUCAAGGAAAAGAAGGAUGAGAUUGCAAACUUAUUUGGGAAGAUCAAGGAGGAGGUCAGGGUGAAGGAUUCAUAUUAUUUGAGGCUUUACGAACAGGUGAAUGACUAUAGGAGGAUCCCUCGUGUCGGGUGGAAGAAAUCUCAGCGAGACCAAGUCGUACAACCUUCAUCACCAAAAUGGUAUAUCAUUGCAAUUUUGCUCCUCCUUCUCACCUUUGUAGGAACCUUUUUCUCAGUGCUCUCCUUCUGUCUUCAUUUAUAAAGGGAAAGAAAAUGAGCACCAAAUUUUUAAAUAAAGCAUUUGAUUCAUUUGUCUCCCAUUUUCAGCCAACUCUUCUGGCUCGUUAUAAUUGCUUGUUGUUUGAGAAAGCUUUUAUUGUAUUGGUGGGUAUCUCUUAACAUUAACAAAGCCUCAGCUCAGUACUCUUUACUGUUUCCUCACAAAU